AUCGAGUUUACCAGGUUUACCCGUUUACCACGAACACAGUUAUGUGUGAAAAAUAAUAACGCGUGUAACGUGUUGUGGUUGUACCGGCGAUAGAAAUGUCACUGUUCAAGGUUCAAACCUUCAAACUGAUCAGCUGUAGUUUCGUUCAUCUUUAUCAAUAUCUUUACUAGUUUACCUUCCACCGCAAACCGAUAGAAUAUUAAAUAAUUGUUCGUGAGUAAAGCAUUUACAAAUUUCGCUCUGUAAGAACACAACAGUACUGGACUUCUAAAAAUUCAUACAGGCGCCCUGGACUUCAAAAUUAACAACAGCAAUUUGAAGAUCAACUGACUAUUUCAAUGACAGUGUUGAGCAACGCUUGCUCACAAUGAGUGAUCUGGAGCAGCCCGCAUCGAAAAAGCCGCGACUAGCAACUGCCAAAGUCGAUGGUCUAAAUAUGAUACACUCCGUCCUAUCGGACGAGUUUUGCAAGUCGCCCCGUAUGAUAGAGGUUUAUGUUGGCCGCAUUCUCAACACAAGCCAAACAGGCAAAUUGAUAUCCGAAUUGAACCGCUCCUUGCCAAUGUCUCGGAUGCAGCAUUUGAAACGUGUUAGUCGCGAUGGAAUGAUUAUUAUAGCGGAGGCUAUCCACCUAGAAGAUAUAUUGAAGGCAGAAAUGGCGAGCAAUGCAGAUGAUUCGAUUGAUGCAAAUAAAGUCGAUGGAGAUAUAAAUGCCAGGUUAGCUACAUAUUUGAGACUGAAAAAUGUUGAAGACGAGCUAGUUGAUAGUCUUUGUCAUAGUAUUUCUAAGCGGGAAGUCGUUCUGAAUCAACCCAAACUUAGGUGGCAAUAUGAGAUUGCUAAUUCACUCUGGGCCUGUAAAUUUCAUCCAGACAAAUAUCUGGAGUCUUUAUACACGAAUACAAACUUCAGCAGUAUCGAAAGGAGUUAUCACCUAAUGAUGAUGUCUGCGUGUCUCUAUCUAAGGGAGCAAUUCAACGGUAACCCGUUCGGUAUAUGUGUAAAUCCAAAGAUAAAUCGUGUGGCUGCUAUAGGCACGGGUCAAAGCGAUCAACACCCGAUGAUGCACUGCCCGAUGGUGUUAAUUGAUAAUGUUGCCAUUUCGCAAAAUGGCGGUACGUGGUUCACUGUUCGGCAGCAGGCUUCCUCAAAGGAAAAUAAUUUCGUCCUUAGCGGAAUUGAAGCCGAAUACGUGCGAAUUCUCAACGACAAGUUUGAUGCAAUCAAGUUCGGAGCACAACCAGUUCAAGCAGAAGGUGUAAAGGAAAUAGAUAUUACACCAGAUGAGGACAAUUUAGCUAAGUACGGCCCUUAUCUUUGCACCGGUUACGAUAUUUACUUAACGCACGAACCGUGUGUUAUGUGUGCGAUGGCUUUAGUGCACAGUCGAGUGAGGCGAGUCUUUUUCCAUCUUAGUACGAAAAACGGAGCUUUGUUAUCUAUCACCAAGGUUCACUGCGUGAAAGAACUAAACCAUCAUUAUGAAGUUUUUCGAGUAGACUGACUAGUGGUAUCAUUGUACAGCGCAAUACAUGCCUUGCAAUUAAAAA